CUAAUAUUUUUGCGCGGAUCUAUUUUUUUGAUGGCUCGCUGCAGGCAAAGAGGGCAGUGCUUCCCACAGGAAGCCAAAUUUGCCUAUCAAAAACAACAAUCCAAACUGAAAGCCUGACAAGAGCCCAUCCGCAUUUGCAUACACUGCAAUUCCGCAUGCAAAUUUGUACAACUCCGCAAGCAAACGGCUCAUUAGGUGCCUCGGUAGCUAUCUGUAGGCACGCUCCCCCGGCUGACACACGCAGGGCUAGCAAAGGUGGACGGAAUGAGUGGAUUUGGGAUGUGCAGUUCUGGCUCUUCCGCCGUGAAGAAGCUUGGCGUGUAGUUUUGGUUUAGGAGCUGGAAAGAACCGGCUGGCAGAGGAGACAACGCAGAGCAAGCCCCGGAGCACCGCCGGGCUCUCCCGGGGGGGCUGCCGAGGGUCCCGGGGGCCGCCUGCUCAUCCCCAUGCAGGUGAUGGAGGGCAGGAGCCUCCAGCUCCCGGCCUAUAAAAGCCAGACGAGGCCUGAGGAGGGGUCGGCGUGAGCUGGAAAUGCCUCCCUGGAAGCAGAUUAGCUUUACGGGAAGCCUGUUGCCAACAGCCAGCCCUGUUGUACCCACCACCUGGCAAGAAAACUCCAAGGAGAACCUGAAGACGAACGACAUCUGGGAGGCAGUCCAUGGGGACUGUACCAGAUCCUCUGAGAUCUGCCAAGCUUUCCCUGGCCACAGCUUCUGCAGAGGAGGACCACCUGGAAGAUCUGCAGCCUGCUAAGCACCAGCCCCAACUACCCAGUGGAGAGAGGGCCAGCAAUGGCUUCCCGUGCACGCCGGCCGGCUCUGCUGGAGUUUGCUUGUUCGACCUGAAAUGCACGGCGGCUGCUGGCGUGCAGGGGUGCGAGCAAUGCCGCGAGGACAAUGCUAGCCAGCAGGAAGCCAUCCCUCCUGGGCUGGCCAGCAAAGCUGCGGAGGGGUGUCCUGCAGCUGUAGAGCCUGCCGGUUGCUCCCAGCCAGCGGGCAACCACGGACUGGCAGCCCCAGCCCCAUCUGCAGCAGGAGCCCCCUCGGCGGGGCAGGGGCUGGAGAUGAUGCCAGCCCCCCAGAGCUCCCGGCAGUUUGUGCAAGGCAGCCAGGCAAAAAUGAGCUCCCUGACGCAGAUGGAUGACUCUGCCUUGAAACCUCAGGGGACUGAUGAUCAGCCAGCACUUGAGGUGUUAAAUUAUUCUUCCCCCGGUGACCCUAUUAGGGCUAAUGAGUCCUGCCAUACUUCUCAGGCAAACCUUCUGCAAAGAGGGGAAAAAGACAGGGGAGCAGGAAAAAAUGGUUCUGCUGUGUGUCAGUCGGCCUUGCCAGCGAGGCACACCGAAGCUGAGCUGGGAACAGACCCACAGACCAUUUCAGAGGCAAAAAGCGGGGUUACGGGCACCGUACAGUUGCAUCCCACCGAUAAAACUGAAGCGGUGCAGAGCAGCGAGGCACCAGCCCAGUCUAGCCACGAGAGGCACCAGCCUCUCCAGCCACGAGAGGCACCAGCCCAGUCUAGCCAUGAGAGUCCGCAUCCCGUACGCAACGCAGACACUGAGCCGGGGAGUCCAGGCCCCACACAGCUCUCUAAAUUCAGAGAAACGGGUACAAUGACGGUUCAGCCGGAGAGCAGCUCUUUAACUCAGGAAGCAGUAAGCAGGACGUGGCGAGAUGCUGAGGUUCAGGCUGUGGCUAGUGUGGAGAGCAAAUCAGCCUCCACCAGUCCCAGCAUCCUUGCUGCCUUCUUAAAAGGGAAUCCUCCUCCAGAGGAGAAGGAAGAACUGCACAUAAUUUACCAAGGAGGAAUGGGGCUGAGCCAGUCUGCACUUACUGACAGUUUAUCCUUGCAACAAAAGUCCCCAUGUUCUCCUGGUAUGUCAAAAUCGACUGUUGUUACAGCUGUGACUGCUUCAGCCCAAACCCAGCCUGUCAAACUGCCUGGGGUCCCAUCUGACGUGGUGUCUCCAGCGUCAGCAGAUAAUGCAAAACCUGUUCUCCCCAUCUCCCCUGCAGGCGUUACCUCCCAGGGGACAUCUGUGGGGAAUGCUGAAAUGAUUGGUGCGGCCUCUGACGGCAAGGAUGCUGCUCGGCUGCCUAUGGAUGCUCCAGUCCCACCAAAGCCCAUCCCAGUUGAGCAGCUUGCAGGUGACUCCAGUAACCAGACUCCAGCACAGCCUGGGUCUGGUGCUGGCGCUGGUGAAGCCAGCACCGCUUCUGCUGCCGCUGUCCCAGGAACCGAGAACAACGUGCAAGAUCUUGUCCAUGAUGCAGGAAGCAGCAGGUUACCUUCAGUCUGUAGCCCAGACAGUGAAGUCAAGCAGAAGGAGGUCCAGAGCAGCUCUGAGCAAAAGCCUGUGCAAAGUAAAGGUGUGAGUCAAGGGGAGGCCGUUCCUAGUCAAUCUGUGGUAAAACUAAAGGAAGAAAACUCGGUGGUGCUUGAUCCUAAAGGCGGGAUGGAUGCCAGCAGCCAACCUGCCACUGUCCGCGUAAAGGCGUGCUCGGAGGGUGCAGAUGAAAAGGAGAGCAGAGGCCAGGGAGAUGCUGGCCCGGCACAGAUGGUCAGUGGCCAGAGCCUGCAGGCAGGACUGAUGCCUGUGUUGAGUGUGAGCCCUACAUGUCUCCCCCCUCCCUUGGAGGCAUCAGCAGCUCCCCAGCAGCAAGGCCUCCAGGCCAAGGAGCCCAGACGCGAGCUUCACGCAGCAGCAAUUCCUGCUUCAGAUCAGGGCUUGCCAAACCUGGGGGAAAACAAAAAGCAUCCUACCCCAGCCAUGGAGGCGAAAGUGCAGGUGAAGCAGUCCAAGCACGUCAGGGAUGUUGUUUGGGACGAGCAGGGCAUGACGUGGGAGGUUUACGGUGCUUCCCUUGAUCCAGAAUCCCUGGGAAUUGCCAUCCAGAACCACUUACAGAGACAAAUACGGGAACACGAGAAACUGAUCCGGGCCCAGAACAGUCAGACUCGGAAAUCCAUUUCCUCGGAUACAUCCUCAAAUAAAAAACUGAAAGGGAGGCAGCACAAUGUGUUCCAGUCCAUGCUGCAGAAUUUUAGGCGUCCUAAUUGCUGUGUCCGACCCGCUCCCUCUUCUGUGUUGGACUGACAUGGUUUGCAGGGGUGCGUAUGUGUCUGCGGUGGUAGAGAGAAUCCCUCCCCUCAAGUCUCGAGUCCUGCUGUUCAGUUCUGUUAUUGGGGUUGUGAUGCAGCAACAGUGGAAAAUUAUUCCCCUUUGUUUUCUGACUAGCCACGCGCUCCGUCACGUCGUUACUAUUGCCACAGCUGGUGUAUUUCCACAUGAUGCCCCCAUCCCGACUACUGUCAGAUGAAAAGCUAGGCACUUAGCAAAAGCACAAAUUUAAAUUGCCAUCUUGCUGCAGGGAGAGCAGCACCUUCUGAUAAAGCAAGAAGCAGAGAGAUUGUCAGAAUUAUUAUGGGAAGUUAUUUGUGUGCAUCUCGAUGUCUUAUACAGAGGGGUGGGCUGGGGAAAGCUGAGCGAGGUGAAACUAAGGUCCAACAGCUGUAAAGACCUAACGCAAGACAACUUUCCUGGUGUGUAAGUUACCCACGCUGAGGCAAGUCAGUGAAAAGGCUAUGGACGUCGAUCACUGAGCAGUCUCACCUCUGUUGAUACUGUGGGGCACCGUUCUCAUGUGAGCCCCAGAGAGCCAGGUCCUCCCCUCCCGCUGAAAUGGAGGACCAGGCAAAGGGUGAGGAUCAAGGCUCUCUUUGGGAGAAGUCAAGUCGAUGGGAUUUUGAUGGCUAGAAGGAGAGGUGAGAGAGGGAAUACAAUCUGUGGGCUUUUCCUCCCCUGCAUCAGCCAUGCUUAAGGUACGAGCAGGUGAGGCACGAGAGGGCACAUCAGUAGAUGUACCCGCAUCCGCCAGGACAGUGCCCUCGCUCGCGCUGUGAUGCUCCAGCCAAGUCUUUCAAAAGCAGCGAGCCAUUCUGGCUCCUCAGCCGGGGUGAGCAGCCCCUGCUCCCAGCCUCCCGCGGCGCUGAGCACCUCUCCUCUCAGUCACCCUUUAAAGUGAUGUGGAUCUUUUUUUCUCUCUCCAGAGAUGCACAGUAGCAUUUUUCUGUAGGAGCAGGCUAUCCUGUGCGCCUGGGUCCAUGAGCCUACAUGUCUAGUGUGUUACGCUGAUUUUUUUUUUUCCCCCCUUUAAGUCCUUAGCCAACUCUUAUCUUUUUUGCAGUAUUUUGGUGCUUUUCUUGCUGCCUUUCAUAAACCAAAUACCAUUUAUUUAGCCUGUGCAUAUUUUGUUUUACCUAAUGCUCUCUAUAUUAUAAAACAUUAUAUUGUUAACUUGAAACAUUGACUUUACAGAAGUACUGAAAUCUUGAGACAAUCUUUGCUGUAUUUCUAAUGUUAGAAAAGUUGUAGAAACUGCUAAUAAAAGGUAGCGUAGUGACUGUUUCUGUAGAAGUGUGGUAUACAAUAAUGCCUCAAAUAUAUGUUGGUUGUGUUUCUCACCUUUAAUAAUAUUUUUCAACCUGGGAAAUGUGUUUCCCACUAGCUUUUUAUUCUGUCUGCUAGAGUUCAUGAUGGGAGGCUGGGGAACUCCUGCAGUUUGUAGAAAAUUUAGUUUCAAUCCUGCAAAGCACUGAGGAUUUGGAUAUUGUAAUCCUGCAGAGUACUAGAGUUAAAUAGGGCUUAUUUUUAUUCCAUUAAAGAUUUUUCAUGAAUCAUGAUGAUAAUUUAUUUCUGUCUCUAGUACCACACACCUGACUUUUACUCUGUAGAUCAUACUCUUACAACUUACUCUGUAAAUCUUACAGGUUUACAUAGUGCAAAGGAGUAUUAAUAGAUUUUUUCUUUUUUUUUUUUCUUUUUUUUCUGUAAAGCAGACCUGAGAUGGUCCCCUUUUAUUUAGGAGGCCAGACUUUUUGAGUAUAUCAACUGCCAAGCCUUCAAAGCAGCUGUUUUGGGGCAAUUUUUCCCCAGCAGAGAGGUAAAAUACUGUAAGAUAUAGUAUUUUAACCUAGCUUAAUGAAAGGUGUUGCCCCUAGGUGUAGUACUGAACUGACUCCUAGUUUUCCUCUGGUGUAUUUUUGGGGGCAUUAUGGCAUGUCCUUGUUGCAUUUCUGUGCGUUAUUUCAAGUCCUCUCCCACUUGAUGCUGAAUUGCUAAUUCUGAAAUACCACAUUAGAGAGUGUGUUCCCACCUCUGCCUACCAGGAGGAAAGUCACCUACCUUUUUUCUGUUAGUACUGUUUCCAUCCCCUUCCUAGCAGUGUUUGAGAUGUGAGUUUCCUGUGAAAUUUUGUGUGGGAUUGAUAUUGGCAGUCUCAUUAGGUCAGAUUAGUUGACAAGUUCGGUGUCUCUUCCCACGUUGUGUCCAUUUCAGCCCUGAAGAGGUUCCCGGAGUUGUCCGUGAUGUUUGCUGUGUCCUGUCCAGGUCUAAGGCUUUGCGCUGCUCCUUUCGCCUCCCUUCCGCCCCCUCCUUUGCUAGCUGCUGCCCAGCGUCUUCCUGCAAAACGGUGCCCCUCGCCUCAGCUCGCGUCCCUCUCUCCACUGUCCCCCUCGCUGUAGCAUUGUAAGCCAGCUUACUCCGAACUGUCCCUUUACAAAUAUGCUCAGUCUGGAUAUAUAAAUGGAUUGUUAUAUUAUUUUUUUUCCAGAGGAGAAUAAAUGGCUAACGCGCAUUCACCGAUUUCUAUGAACUUUAUCCUUUGGCUUAAGCUCUGCAAAAUAUUUCUAGCAUAUGGGUAUGAGUUGCUUUGUUGAGACCAAACUGGGCUCGGCAGUGAAUGAGCGGGGUGCUGGGCCAGCACUGGAAUUAACUCUUUUUUUUUUUUUUUUUUUGUGAGGAACGGGAGAUCUCUCCUGGUUCCCUGCAGCUGCUUCCAGCUGUGAGUCUUCACCAACUGGUCCACCCACACCUCCCUUGCCCGCCCCCCCCCCCAAAUGACCUUUCUUGCAGGAAAAUUUCAUCGAUAAAUAUGUACCAUAAAACGCCAACAGGCAAGUUACUAAGUGGGUGCGUCUGAAGAACUGCAUGGGCAUAGCUGGAAGAACCGUAGUGGUCAGCAGAGCACUGUGCUUUUGUAUUCUGGGAAGAUACAAGGGCAAAGACGAACUACAAAAUGUCGGUGGUGCGGCCUGGUGGGCGCAGAAGUCCGGCAGGCAUGCAUUUGAAGCCAAGCAAUAACACACAAACCCAAGUCGAUAAUCACCAGCGUAUCUCAUAUGCGAAAUAUUUUAGGUUUUCACUUUGCCUUGCCAGGGCAGACUGUGGGCAGCCUGCUACUAGUUUAACACUGGUAAUUUAUGCUUUCUCCUGCGUACAAUGUCUAGCUGACGAUGUGAAUCCUUGUAGGGAUGAAGCAUCUUUCACCAGCAACAAGAGAACUGUGUUUUGGGUAGCAAUUAGCAAAUAUUAUGUGUGUGAGUGGUCUUGUAGCAGCUAAGAAAGACUGUUCUUGGUGUCACAUCAGUGUCAAAAACGAAAGUGUGCUUGGAGCAGUGGUAAGGCAGAGGGUAGGGGGAGAUGAUCUGUGUGGCACCACCCUGCUCUUCUCUGCCCCAUGACCCAGAAUCACACUGCAUUAGUUGAACGGUUAAGAACCAAGGAAAUCCAUUUGGGUUAAUAAAAAGAGGGUUUAAAACAGAAAGUACUUUGUCAUUCCCAAGAGUAAAUUUCGAAAGGCUGUGUGUUUUGCUAGUAUGUGUAGAUGUAUCCAAAUACGAUUCAACAAAACCACUAGGCAAACAAUCUCAGUUUAUUACUGCUACUACCACGUAAGAACUUCUAAAAUGCACACUUUGGAGAAGUAUAUUCAAGGGAUUCAGAAAAGUCGAAUAUAUGCUCUAAAGAUAACACUAGCUUUUAUCUUGAAUUUCAUGACCAUGUUGAUGUGUUAAAGUUAGAAGUGGAAAUCCAACGGAAAAUCAGUGUUGAAUUUGAUAGAAAAUUCACAUUGGCUGCCACUGGUUUUCAAUUUAGAAACUUGAUGGAAUCUACCGUACCAGUGUUUUAUAACUUAGCUCAGUAUAUGCAAGGUUUGUGUGAAAGUAUAAAUUUUAUUAGCUUGUUAGCUCCAUUGUCUUGUUCCAUGUCUGUCCUUCUACACCUUUUAAAAAUGAAUGCGAAAGGCUACCAAGACAGAGUAAGUCUUUCAUACACAGCCUAUGGAAAUGACUGCUCUGAAUGAGAGACAACUAAUUGUCAGGCUCCAUGGUCUUAGAAGGUUAAGGGCUGCAGUCUGAAAGAAACUCUCGCCUCCUCUUUUCCCCCCACCCUGUUUUUGUAAUGUCUCAACCUCUGACGGUUUAUUUUUUGUUGACUCUGUAAUGCCUGUAUGAGUGGUCAGUAUUUUCAGUCAUCCCAAAGGUGCACGUAGAUCCUUAUCCAAAUGCCGCACACUACCAAAUAUCUCUGAAGUUACUGGAUGCUGCGGUGGUCCAUGGACCUGAAUGUCAGGUCUCGUACAUUAAAAUGGCUGCAAUGUUCUCUUAGGAGCAUAAAUUAUCCCACUUGAGUCAGUGUAGGUGUUUAAAAGAAAGAAUGAAGUAUUACAACUGAAGUGAGACAAACUGAAAUGAGUAUAAUCCAUUUUUUAA